AUGAGCAAACUGAAAGGAAGUCGAUUGGAAGCUGAAGUUGAUCGGGUUAGAACUGAUGGAAAUUGGAAGAGAUUAUCCGAAUUGUUGCCAUCUGUCAAAUCGAAAAAUUCCGGGUUAGAAGAUUCAUAUGAUCUUUUUCAAGCCGAGAUUAUUUUGGAGACUUUUCUAGAGCAACUUGGGGGUAAGAAUUUGAAUUUUUACUUUGAUUUAUAAGUUUAGAAGUUCGUCUAUGAAAAAAUCAAGUUUUGGCCUAUAAUUCAACUGAAAAUAAUUUUAAUCUCUUGGCUAAAAAAAUUGAUCGUUUCAGAAGUGCUCCGACCACACAAAGAUCAUCACGAGAAACUUCAUAACGCUGAACAACUUCUCGAAUCAGUAUUACGCGAUAAAUCGACAAAUUCAAGUGUCUACCUCGAAGCAAAUGUAUUAUUGGCCAAACUCGAAUACGCGUGUCUAGAAUAUAAAAAAUCGCUGGUCGCAAUCGAAAACUCUGGAAUGGAAAAAGGAAAUACGCCGUUUAGAACUCUACGAGCUCUUAGAUUAGUUGCUGAAGGAUAUGCAAUCAAAGGAUUGUGUUUAGAAUCAAUGGAAAAUACACGAGAACAUAGUUGGAGUGUAUCAAGUGGAAUAUCAAAUAAAAGUACACAAAAUGAAAUCAAGGCUUUGAAUUGUUUUGAAAAAUCAGCCGAAUUAGCAAUAUCUUAUAUUAAUGAAUUAGAAAAAGCGAUGAAUAAUAAUAACGGGAAAAUUGUGCCAACUGCAUUGACUACGACUGGAGGAACUAAACAACAAGAGAAAAUUGGAGAAAUUUUGGAGAGAUGUUUAGAAAGAGUUGCGGUUCUUCGAGCAAAAGAUACAGUUGCACAACGGAAAAAUGGAAGCGAAGGAAUUGAAUGGUAUAGAAAGAUUAUAACAUGUUUGGGAGAUAAAUCGACAGGCGAAAGAUUGCAACAGAAAUUAUCGAGGCAAUUAGCGGAAUUGUUGAUUAGAGCAACUGUGCCAACCGAAGAAAAAGCGAUGAUGAGUGAAGCAUUGGCUGUGAAGUCACAGAAUUUGAGGUUUGUAGGGAAGAUUUAGAUUCUAGAUAGAAAAAUUUGUGACAAGUUCUGAUUUUACUGUUCAGGAUGAAUACAAAAUUUCACAAAAUUUUUGCUAACUCACCUCAAUUUAAAAAAAAUCACGUGAACUUAUGCCACGUAUUCUCCUGCAACAUUUCAAUUUAUCCAUUCAUUUUCUAGUUUCUACACUGGCUCAAAUCGUGCCUAUUUUGCUCCUUCUUCUCGAAUCGAAGAAGUUGUUCUGCUUCUAUUAAUCAGCGAAGUUUUGUCAACUCGCGAAGUUGUUCUUUCGCGAUCUGAUGAUUUAUCGAAUAAUCGAACACAUUCAUUGCAAAAUGCUAAAUCGGUUUUCAAUUUAUUGACUUUGGUGAGUUUUAAAUUUUGGAUAGAAGUGAGAAAGGAAAAGAGAGAAAAAUGUAGUUUUAGAAAACUUUUUUGUAUUUUCAAUGAGCGUAAAUUGUAUCGAGACCUAUGAACAAAAAUAUUUUUGUUAUAAAUCUAAAAAUAGAAGUGUGAAAAGAAGAAAAAACAAAAACAAGAAGAUAGAAUCAAUUUCCAAACUUGUCACUACCAAAAAAUUCUACAAUUUUGUUUCCCUUUUUAAUCUAACUGGUUGCAAUACUUUUUCACACAUUACAAGCAAAAAAACUUUUUUUUGGUAUGGUCAAAUUAAAUCCUCCACGUGGGGUUUUUUCAAAAGUAUAAUUUCAAUAUUCCUACAAAAUUCAAAAUUUUGUGCCAAAAAUCAAUGUGCUGUUUUCAUUUUUAAAACUAACACUAUGUAGUUUUUUUGGUCAAAUAAUCGAGUUGAAAAAAGUUUUUUUUUUCGCUUUUUGGCGAGCAUCUAAUUAAGUUUUUAGUAGCACCCACCAAAAAAUGGGGAAAAAGAGAAGAAGAUUUCAUUUGUUUGUACUCUUCUUUGUCUUUUGUUUUUUUUUUUUGGUUCUCUUAAUUCUUCCAAAAUUUGACUUUUUUGCAAAGUUUUGGAUGGGGAAUUUAUUUGUUGAUUCUUUGGCGUCAAAAUUUUCAUUGAAAAAAUUCGAAACUUUUCUUAUAGUACGGUUUCCGACGCUAUUUUUUCUCAAAUUCGAAAAUUUCCUCUCUUUUUCAACAAUAAAAAAUUAGCAUAAUUUUCCAUAUUUUGUAUCAUUUUUGACUAUUUUUUGCAGGUUCUAUCUACACUACGACAAUAUCAUAUUCUUGCUACAAUUUAUGAAAGAGCUAUGAAAUUCGCGAAUAAUGAUUCAUUUUUAUGGCAACAAUUUGCACUUUCAUCGAUUUGUCGAGGAAGAUAUUCAAGAGCUGCGAGAGUUUUGGAACAAUCUAUUAUCACAACUAAUGACACUUCAUCUUCUGCUUCAGCUUCGAAUUCGAAUUCUUCUGUUCAAGCUUCAUCAUCUUCUCAUUCGAGUUCCUCUAAUUCACAUAAUCACAAAAACCAUCAUAACAACAGUUUUGAUGCGGCUGAAACUGCUUCACUUCAUUUGACAAAUAAUCCAUCUUGCGCACUAUCUGUUAUUUCUGAAUACAUGCUUUUAUCACAAAUUUAUAUCGAGAGAUUUGCCAAUUUUUCGGCCGCUCAAGAAUAUUCGAAAAAAGCGGUGGAAUUGUGCCAGAAAGAUGGACAAUUGAUGUUUUUGAAAGGAAGAUGUCAGUUGAUAAAUGCGAUUGCGAAUGGGUGA